AUGGCCGUGUGCGCCCGGCUGUGCGGCGUGGGGCCGGCCCGCGGCUGCCGCCGGCGCGGCUCGGCCAGGGAGCAGCGCUGCGGCACCGCCGACAGCGAGCCCGACACCGACACGGACCCCGAGGAAGCGGGAGGCGGCGGCGUCACGGAGGACGAUGAAGCCGCGGAGCGCAUUGAAGGCGGGCGGCCGCUGCCGCCUUCUGUCGUGGCCUGCCCGGCCGCGCGGGCUCCGCUGUCCUUGUUGGAGUUACCCCCGGAGCUGCUGGUGCAGAUCUUCGGCUCCCUGCCCGGUACCGACCUGCCCAGCCUGGCCCGAGUGUGCACCACCUUCCGCCGCAUCCUCAGCACCGACACGAUCUGGCGGCGGCGCUGCCGCGAAGAAUAUGGAGUGUGUGAAAACCUGAGGAAGCUGGAGAUCACAGGAGUGUCCUGUCAAGAUGUUUACGCCAAACGUAUAAACCCUCGGGUGAAGUCGGGGCGUUUUAUGAAAAUCCUGCCCGACUACGAGCACAUGGAGUACAGAGAUGUUUACACCUGCCUGCUGCACCGCUACCGGCACAUCCUGGGAUUGUGGCAGCCGGACAUCGGGCCCUACGGGGGACUGCUGAACGUGGUGGUGGAUGGUUUGUUCAUCAUUGGCUGGAUGUACCUGCCCCCUCAUGACCCUCACGUGGAUGAUCCCAUGAGAUUCAAGCCCCUCUUCAGGAUCCACCUCAUGGAGAGGAAAUGUGCCACGGUGGAGUGCAUGUAUGGCCACAAGGGACCUCACAAUGGCCACAUCCAGAUUGUAAAGAAGGACGAGUUCUCCACGAAGUGCAACCAGACAGAUCACCACCGGAUGUCAGGGGGCAGGCAGGAGGAAUUCCGGACGUGGCUGAGGGAGGAGUGGGGUCGGACUCUGGAGGACAUUUUCCACGAACACAUGCAGGAGCUCAUCCUGAUGAAGUUCAUCUACACCAGCCAAUAUGACAACUGCCUGACGUACCGGCGCAUCUACCUCCCCCCCAGCAGCCCCGAGGACCUCAUCCAGCCCGGCCUCUUCAAAGGCACCUACGGGAGCCACGGGCUGGAGAUUGUCAUGCUGAGCUUUCAUGGGAAGAAAGCCAAGGGCACCAAGAUCACUGGAGAUCCCAACAUCCCAGCUGGACAGCAGACUGUGGAGAUAGACCUGGCACAUCCUCUGCAGCUGCCUGACAUCGAGAUCCUGCGGGACUUCAGCGAGCUCUCCCGCAUCGUGCUGGAGGUGCAGGAGCAGGUCCGGCGGGAGGAGCAGGAGCGGGAGCAGCGGCAGGACGAGAAGGAGCAUUCCCAGCAGGCUGCCUCCCAGCCUGCCAGCCCCCUGGGAGGAGAAGGUGCUGAGGGGGAAGAGACUGCAGCUGGGGCAGAGGGGACGACCCAGGACAAGGCCUCAGCUUCCCAGCCCUUCGUGCUGCCCAUGGGAGUGAUAUCGAGGAAUGAGGAUUAUCCCCGCACCUGCCGAGUCUGUUUUUACGGGACGGGGCUCAUUGCUGGUCACGGCUUCACCAGCCCCGAGAGGACGCCGGGGGUGUUCGUCCUGUUCGACGACGACCGCUUCGGCUUCAUCUGGCUGGAGCUCAAAUCCUUCAGCCUCUACAGCCGCAUCAAGGUCUCCUUCCAGAACGCCCAAGCGCCUUCCCGGGAGGCCUUUGAUGAGAUGCUCAAGAACAUUCAGCCCAUGGCUACUUGAUGAGUGUUUGUGGUGAAGGACAGGGCUCGAGGUGGCAAAGGCUGCUGCGCUCCCCAGCCGGGGCUGGGGCAGGGAGUCCUCGCUCUCGGUACCUCUGGAUAGAAGCAUGCACUUUGAAUAAAGCCUUUGUACCCCAAACGUGCACACAUCCCACUUCAGACAUCCCUGACUGCCCUUUCCUCUGUGCCACUCCACGCUGCUCCCCAGAAGUCCUUGUUUGCCAGUCUGUGCUUUGGAGAGCUGAAGGGAUCCUGCAGAGGAGGGAACAGACCUUCCUUAGUGCAAGCAGAGAAUGUAUUGGGACAAAACCAACUUCUGGUCAGAGCUGGAGAGUGGGACAGGCAGUGCCAAAGCACAUCCUCCUCUCCAGAAACCUUUCUGUGGGUGCAGCAAUGCCAGAGGGGCUGCUGUGAUACCUCCAUCCUUGCUAAUUGCAGUGUGUGCUUUCCUCUGGAGAAUUCCCUCAGCCAGGACAGGAUCCCCACUGCAGAUGAGUGUGUGCAGCAUUGUCCUGGCUCCUGGAGCUUGUUGGAUGUGCUGUUUCUGAAGCUCCAGGUCUGGGUGUCUCCCUGAGAGCUGAGAUGAUUUUUUUCCUUCUUGCAGGAGCUGAGUGUGGGACUGGAGAUGGGUGCAAACUGCAAAAGCUCUGAUGUGUUCAGAGUGGUUUGUACCUGAAAGAUUUUCUCACAUCUUGUAAAGUGGGUCUGAAAAGGCACAGGAAGGAGCCAAAAGAAACCCAGCUGUGACCAGAUGGGCAGCAGAAGGUGCCACAUGUCACUGGUGUGUGACCCCAGGGCUGCCAUUCCUGUUCAGGUUUGCCCUUCAGAGUCCAGAGUGACGAGGGAUUGUCCUUGUACUGUGUGGCUUGUUCUGGCUCCUGGAGUGGUGGGUGCUGCUGCCCCUCUCCCAGAGCCCUCCUUUCCUUUCUUGUUGUACUUGUUUGAUCCCAGAUGGUUUUGUGGCAGAUCUGAGCUCCAGUGGGAAUUAUGUGGUGCACAAGGGAGCAGAUUCCCUUUAGAAUGUGCUGUGCAGGAAAAUCCUGGCCAGUGCUCAUCUCCAGGCUGUGAGUUGUGCUAGAAACCAUCAGCCCUUUGUGGCUGUGAUGACAAACUCCAGGUCCCUUCUCUUCUCCCCAGAUCAGUGUCUAACAAAACCCUGCUGUUACAUCUCUGCAGUUUUAGGUCUGUAAAUGUGUCUGUAUCUGUGCUGGGAGGUUUCAGGCCCCUUCUGUGGAGAAGUUUCAGUCCCUGCCUGGUUCCAGUGCCUGUGAGCAGCUUCUCACUCUGACAAGGGCUUUUUUCCAUUUCUGGCUCUCAUGUGUUCCCUCAUCUGUGUGAGAAGCCAGGCUCCAGCAGAGACAGCGAGCAGCAGCUCAUGUCACUCACAGGAUUAAUUCCUGUCUCUCUGGAUAGAGCUCCCCAAACCUCUGGGAAUGUCAAGGUGAUUUAGGGCACUUUUUGCUUUGUUUCUUGCAGCUUUGUGAGGAGUGGCAAGCCUGCCUUGGUGCUGGGGGUGAGGAGCUGUUACAGGCCUGGUGAAUAGGAGGAGCAGGGUGGUUGUCAGAGGUUUUCCUGCAGAGGGAAGAGCUGGGAUCACCCGGGCUGGGAGAGAGGCAGAGGCUGCUCUCUGUGCCUUGCUGAGUGGGCACAGAGGGGCCCUGGAGCUGAAAUGGGACAUCUCAGCCUUGUGCUGCAGCUGCUGAGCUCUGUGAGAGCUCCUGCCUGCUUUGCAGACAGGUUUCCAGUUUGGUGCAGCUUUCUGGGACUGCUAAGGAUGUUCAGUGCUGGGUUAUUGGUUGGACUCGAUCUCAGAUCAUCUCCAGCCUAAAUGAUUCUGUGAUUAGGGCUUUAUUUGGUAUCUCAGUGGCCUGUUCAUGUUGGAAUUUGCUGUUAGGCUGCUGCAGUUCUGCCUUGUGUUCUAACAGCCCAAAGGGAUGGGAGAUGUGCUCUUGGGCUGCUGUUCCCAUUGCCUGUCCCUAAAACCAGCUCUUCUUCAGCUGGAUCUGUAGCUCUGAUUGCAAAUUCCUCCCCACUUCAAUAUCCCCACAAAAAAAAAAAUCCUAAAAUUUUACACAACUGACUUGAUAAUUUUUGCUUUUAGCUUUUUAAAUUACAAUUAUUUUUUUUUUUUAAAUGGAGAUUAAAAUCCAGAUUGCAUUGAUUGCCCUGCAAGUACCUGAGGCUUGAGUCACUCUCCCAAGUACUGAUGUAUCUGUAGCCUCUGUCCUUUGUCACCUGGGCAAGGUGUCACCUGUUUGUAGUUGUGCAUCUGCUCUUCUCCAGGCCCUUUGUCCCUUCUGAACCUUUCCAGUGGCAGUGCCAAGGGUCUCCUGAUGGCCAAACCUGCUUGGCUGCCUGGAGAGAAGGGCUUUGGUGUGGAGGCUGAUGCCCUGUGGGAAUUUUCCCAGCUCUGCCUUGCCCCUCCCUGUAGAGGCAUCUUUUUAUUCAUAACUCACCUGUCUGGCCUCAAAACGUCAGGAUAAUUCCUGAUUAAAGGGAAAAAUGCUGGUACCCCUUGGCUUCAUUCUGUCUGGAGCAAAGGAAGCAGCAAAUUUCGUAUUAAUGUUCCUCUGAUGCCUUUUCUCACCUUCUGCUUCUCCAAGCCUGGCAGGCUUUCGUGGCAUUUCAGAAGAAAAUUCCCUCUGGUUUGGCUGAGGGUGAGGAAAGCAUCCAGUGAAGAUGGAUUUGGGAAUGCUGGGAUGCUCCUUUGUGCGUGGCUCUGCCAGUGCUUCCAGAGCAAAGCAGGAUAACACGGAGUUAAAACCCCCAGCUCUGGAAUCAUUGGGAAAGAGGAGACAGAUUUAGAAGCAGGAGGUCUGGAUUUGAUCCCCAGUGGUGAGGGGGAUGCUCCUGCAUUCCCUGUGCUGCCUUUCCUCGUGGGAAGCUGUGCUGGGCUUGGCUGGGCUUGCUCAUGCUUGGUACAGACUGUUCCACCCCCUGCACAGCUCUGCAUUCCCCACUGCUCUCCCAAAUCCCAGUUUUGCAGCCCGUUGGGAUCUUUGUGAGAGCUGUUGACAGGGAUAAUGUGUGCUGGGGCCCUGCAGAUGGUGAUAAAUCUCUGCUGCCGACGUCUCCUCGUCCUUUUGGCUCUGCAGGAAAUCUUGGGGACAAUUGGCUGGAUUUCUUCAUCCCAGAUGGGUGGAAAGUGCUGGCGAGGAUGGAAAACAACUUGUCAGGGGUAGGAAUACUCUUGGCAGGAGCCUUUUGGAUCAAACAAAGCCUUUGCAGGGAGGUUGCAGAGCCCCAGUGGCCACUGCGAGACCCGGAGCUGAAUUCUGGCUUGGGGACAAUUUGGGGACAAGUGUCUGGUUCAGUGUGCUGGGGAUGGGUUCUGCUCCUCCAUCCUGCUCCCUGUGUUGUCAAAACACGUGGAUUUGGCCAGCUGGAAAACAGGAACAUGAAAGCUCCAGUUUGUUUGCCUUGGGUUCGAGAGCUGUGAAUGUGCUGAGCUCAGGCCUGGUGGUUGUGGGGGACUCGCUGCCCUCCACGGGGAUUUGUCAGGCUGGAUUUUACUGAGGAGGAGGAAAAAGGAUGGAAUUGUUUGUAAAUUUGGGUGAACAGCAGUGCUGGGACAGCAGCAGUGGGAGGGCAGUUCCUUAGGAAAUUGUGUGCUGGGGAAAAAGGGAAUUCUGUGCUCCCAGGAAAAGCCCAAGCCACAACUGGCUCCGUGUUUACUUUUCAACAAGGAUGAAUUUUUCUCGGCUUUUUAUUAAUUUAAACCUAGUGGAACUUGAUGGGCGUGUUGGGUGUUGUGUGGAAAUGGGUUGUUUAGGCUCAACUUGCUAGUUUAGGGAAUGGUAAUGUGUUAACUCUGUCUUGUAGCUGGCUGCUCACGUGGCCACUAAUCCUCUGUGCUGCUCAGCUGCCAAAGGCUCCUGUGCCCUUCCCGGCGGGACAGGGAAUUCUUUGGGAUGUGGAGUGGAAGAGAGAGGUACCCAACUGUGAGUGCCACUGAGCUUUGGGUGCUUUGUGUGCUGGACUCAAAUGUGUGGUUCUGGUUUUUUGUGUGGAUUGCAAUCCUUGGAACUUUUGAGGCAAAGAGCACUUGGCUCGUCUGUGUUCAUUAGCUUAAUUAAAGCAAUCUGCACUUUUGUUUUGUCAUUGAUUACUCCCCCUUCCCCGUUCCAAUGUGUAUUUUGCACUCACCACUUUAACAUGACACUGAUGGAUUAAUCUGGGCAUUUUCUGUAGGUUUUGAGUGUGGGUAAGUCUCUUUAUUAUAAAAAGUAUUUAAAAAUGAAGGUGAAACAUAAAUCAAUGCUUUGUACAGAGGGUAGUGGGAGGAAACCAUUGGACAUCCACCACCACGAAUAUCCAUGUGGAACAGGAUAAGUUGCAUUUUAACCACCUCACCUGUCCAAGGGCUGGGGGUUUGCUGUUCUUUUCUUGGUGACUUUGAGAGGAAUGGGAUGUGUAAAAUCAACAUCUGGCUUACUUCACCCAGGUUUUGGAAAGCUGAGCAAGCCCUGUGUGUUACUUUUACACCUGAUCAUUGUUACCCAAGGAGCCUUUUCCAAUUUCAAAUAAUAAAAAGCAAAGUUUUGUGAAC